GCUUUACGGACAAUACAGGUUGAAGAAACGAACUCCAACUACUCCUAUCAUGAGCGCAAGCUUUGGUCCACUAGUAAGACCAUCAUCACCUUUAAUUCCUGAACAACAUUGUCCAUGGAUUUCAAACCCUAGUCGGCUAUUUCUUCGUUUCACUCUGCGAAGACGAGUAAAGAAUUAUUCUUGUAGUGGCAAUAUCAGAGCUGUUCAGGAGGGAAUCGGAGUUUUGUCUCCCGACGACUCCGUUUCACAGAGAAACCCCGUGAUUGAGUCCGAGAAGGAAGAAGAAGUUCACGAGGUAGUAGUUAAUGGAGUCGCAGGGGCUGAAUUAGAAGAAAAAGCUCCUAGAAAUUCGAAAUCGCCGUUGAAGAAGAAAGAAGAUGAGCUGGACAGCAAUGAGAGUAGGUUCAAGAUUCAAAAUGGAAGAGAGGUUUUUGAAGAGAAAGCCUAUCUUGUGGCUGUUGCAUGCAAAGGUCAUACACAGGAUUCAUUUGGUAUAGACGAAUCACUCAGGGAACUGGCCCAACUAGCUGACACUGCUGGACUAAUGGUUGUUGGUUCUACACAUCAAAAACUCGCUACUCCAAACCCAAGGACAUACAUUGGAUCUGGCAAGGUUGCAGAGAUCAAGAGUGCCAUUCAUGGAUUUGGUGUUGAAACUGUAAUUUUUGACGAUGAGCUGUCACCGGGACAAUUGCGUAAUCUAGAAAAGGCUUUUGGUGGAGACGUCAGAGUUUGUGACCGCACUGCCCUCAUCCUGGAUAUCUUUAACCAACGAGCAGCAACACGUGAAGCUGCUUUGCAGGUUGCAUUGGCACAAAUGGAAUACCAGUUGCCAAGACUAACGAAAAUGUGGACGCACCUUGAGCGUCAAGCCGGAGGCCAGGUGAAAGGUAUGGGUGAGAAACAAAUUGAGGUGGAUAAGCGAAUUCUCCGUACCCAGAUUGGAGUUCUUAAGAAAGAGCUAGACUCGGUUCGAAAGCAUCGAAAGCAAUAUCGGAACCGGCGUCUUUCUGUGCCUGUCUCGGUUGUCUCUUUGGUUGGGUACACAAAUGCUGGAAAGAGUACACUGUUGAAUCAGUUGACAGGGGCUAAUGUUCUUGCCGAGGAUAGAUUAUUUGCGACUCUUGAUCCAACUACAAGGAGGGUACAGAUUAAGAAUGGGAAGGAGUUUCUUCUUACGGAUACUGUUGGAUUCAUUCAGAAGUUACCGACUACGCUGGUUGCUGCCUUCAGGGCAACAUUGGAAGAAAUUUCAGAGUCAUCACUUCUGGUGCAUGUGGUUGAUAUUAGCCAUCCACUGGCGGAGCAACAGAUAGAUGCUGUGGAAAAAGUUCUCUCAGAAUUGGACGCAUCAUCAAUUCCUAAGCUGAUGGUGUGGAACAAGGUUGACAAAGCUAGCAGUCCUCAGAAAUUUAAGUUGGAAGCGGAGAAAAGAGAUGAUACUAUCUGCAUAUCUGCUUUAAAUGGGGAUGGACUGGAUGAAUUUUGCAACAUAGUUCAGGAAAAACUGAAGGAUUCUAUGGUUUGGGUGGAAGCUUUGAUUCCAUUUGAGAAAGGGGAACUCCUCAGUACCAUCCAUCAGGUUGGAAUGGUUGAGAGAACAGAGCACUCAGAGAACGGGACAUUGGUCAGGGCACAUGUUCCCCUCCGAUUUGCAAGGCUGCUCACCCCCAUGAGGCAAAUGUGUGUAUCUUAGUCGCCACUUGAUCCAAUUAGCAUUGAACAUUUUGACUGUUCCAGGACCAUUCUAGCCAAAAUCUUUUUGGACAUUGUGGCAAACUUGGAACCACCUCGCCAAACACUCAGAUCAAUAGCAAUUGCUCAGAGAGAGAGAGAGAGAGAAAGUUGCAUACGAAAUUUGUAUUAUCCUUCACUUUGUAUAAGGCUUGUGUAUAUAGUGUAUACAUUGAUGUGUAAAUAAUGCUGAUAUCUGUCAACAAAUGACUGCCAGUAAGUUUCUUUCCCUUUCGAAAACAGUAGCAGUUCUCCAACAACCUUCAAGGAUUUUUUUUUUUUUUUUAUCAAAACAACUUUUAAGGUUGAUGUUGUACAAUUUGACUUUGUUUGCCUUUCUGUUCUGUGGGG